UCAUGCCAACCCUGCUGCCAACCUGGCACAACAGGCCCUGGACUACACUGCUCUUCAUCAUCUUCAACCACCAGGUAACGGCCUCAGUGCUUGAAAGUCUGAUCGCUAAACGGACUGAAUACUGGGAGAACUGCAGCAGAACUCUGGCAACAAACUCAUUCUCAGACAAUGAUGUGUACUGUAAAGGAACCUUCGACACAUUUGCAUGUUGGCCUCAUUCAUCUCCUGGGAACGUGUCCAUCCCCUGUCCUUCUUACUUACCGUGGAUCAAAGAGGACAGUUUCAGGAGGACACACCGAGAAUGCCUGGAGAACGGGACAUGGAGACAGAAGGACAACUCCUCUGAGCCCUGGAGGGACGACUCUGAAUGUCAGGAGCACCAUUACUUUAAAGACACGGAGGACAGAAUGCUGCGUCAAACAGCCCUCAGGCUCAUCUCCAUCAUUGGCUACUCCCUGUCCCUGAGUUCCCUCACACUGGCCACUCUGCUUAUGGGGAUGUUGAGGAAGCUUCACUGCACCCGGAACUACAUCCACAUGAAUCUGUUUGUGUCGUUCAUCCUGAGAGCGGUGGCUGUCAUUUCUAAGGAGAUCAUACUAUACGUCAUGUACUCCAACUUACCCAAGGACGACCCCGGAUGGAAACAAUACUCCAGCUCAGCGAUAGUGCUGAUGUGCAGGUUCUCUAAAGUGUGCAUGGAGUACUUUGUGGCCUGUAACUACUUCUGGCUCUUGGUGGAGGCCAUUUUCCUUCACACGCUGCUCUUCACGGCUGUACUGACCAAAAGACGCCUCCUGAAGAAGUAUCUGCUGCUAGGAUGGGGAACGCCUGUCCUGUUUGUGACGCCAUGGACGGUGGUUAAGAUUUCAUAUGAAAACACAGAAUGCUGGUCGAUUGUGAACAGAUGGUUCUGGUGGAUUAUAAGAGGUCCCAUCACUCUGUCAGUGCUGGUCAUUUUCUUUAUAUUCAUCAAGAUUCUGAUGCUGCUGCUGUCAAAACUAAAAGCAGACCAGGUGACGUUUUCCGACUAUAGAUACAGUUUGGCCAGAGCAACACUGGUCCUGAUUCCUCUGCUGGGAAUCCAUGAAGUGGUCUUUACAGUGCUGAUAGACGAAUGCAUAGAAGGCAGCAGCCGCUACGCUAGGAACUUCAUCAACCUCACUCUAAGUUCUUUUCAGGGGUUUUUGGUCGCUGUGCUCUACUGUUUUGCCAAUGGAGAGGUUCAAGCUGAACUGAAGAAGCGCUGGCAGCUCUUCCUGUUCACCAACCACUUCCAGGUCCGGAGCUGUUUUCGGAGCACACCUCUCAAACACCUGUGGAAAUGUACCCGCGGGCGACACCCACACUGCUCCAGACAGAGCGAAUCCUAUGACGAGGGCGGAGCUUCCACAACACACCCUCACCUGCUCCAGGUGGCUGUACACGGAGGCGGUAGAAUACUUGGUGUGAGUGAGGUUAAAGGUCAGAGGCUGAAGGGCGGUGAUGCAACGGGACUCAACCUCAUCACCAGGAAGAGUCUGUCGAGCAGCGAUGGCGAGAUAACGCUGGGUGAAACCAUGGAGGAGAUACUGGAGGAGAGCGAGUUCUGAUCCAUUUAACCUCCUCCAACUCCCACCGACAUGGACGAAUGCAAACUGAGUGAACGGUUUUCUAUGAGCAGCACCUUAGUAAGAAGGA